AUGAGAGAAAUAUUCUACGUAUUCGUUGUCUACGGAGGUUAUAGUGAAAGCAACGGCGCGUGCGGAGGAGGAGGACCCCAGAGACCGUGGGAGGAGGAAGAGGUCUGGGGCAGCUUCCGGAGGUGGCAUAUCCUGGUCCUCACAGGCCUAACGGGUCUGGCUGUCACCAUGUUCUUCUGCUGCGUCUUCAAGUGCCGAGUUCCGAGGACGAAGCAGGAGAUCGAGGCUGACUACAUCCGCCGCCAGCUGGCCCAGAAGUUCCACCGGCAACUCAACAUCAUCAACAAUUCAGAGAUGGAUGAGAUGGAUUUGCUGAAAGCCCUGGAGCGGUUGAGGGCGGAGCUUAGGGCGGAUUCCAACAGCCUCGCCCAAUCAGAAGCCUUCUCCACCCUCUCGUUCACGCCCACGGGUACACCUACCUACCGGAAGGGAUCGGAGCUAUAUUUGGGCGUGUCCGUGGAGGACCUCCGGCUGGCGACGACGCAGGGUCCCUUCAACCACCUCAAGUCUCGCGUCACCAACAUCAUCUCAGGCGCCCUGCACAAGCUCAAGCGCUGA